CGCGCGGGCCCUUCUGCAGCAGUGUGUGGCCUCCCGGCUGCAGGUGAAACCCCCCGAGCCGGGCUCCGAGGCCGAGUGGGUGGAGUUGCAAAAGAACCACAUGAAUAACAGAGAAAAUAAGGCCUUCAUACUGCAAUGUGAUGUGUGCAAGCUGACCCCUGUAGAGCACCACUGAAAUCAUUGGGGCUCUGUGAGUGCAGAAGUCCACCUGCAUGAAUCAUAUUACAGAAUCAGCAUCUGCGUACAAGGAAAACAGCAAAAUUGGCUAGGCACAAAGCAUUUCAAUGGUAUUACAAGAUGAGGAGAAAGCUAGUCCCUCCACAGCAAAAAAUACAAAGAGGACUGGUUAUCUACAUAUGCUUCUUCAAAGGAGCCAGUGAGGAACUCAUUCCAAAAAUGGUUAAUACACUGCUGAAUGUUAAAUUAAGUGAAACUGAAAGUGGAAAGUAUGUUUCUCUUCUGGAUUUACCAGGCAACUUAUUAAUAAUACCCCAAGCUACACUGGGUGGUAGACUGAAGGGAAGAAAUAUGCAGUACCAUUCCAACAUUGAAAAAGAAAAAGGGAUGGAGCUUUAUUCCCUUUUUGUAACAUUGUGUGAAAAAGAACUGGCUGCUAAUAGGAAAUGUGCUGAAGCAGGUGUUGUUGUCAAGUGUGGCACAUAUGGAAACAGACAGGUGUUAAAACUGGAUACAAAUGGACCUUUCACUCAUGUGAUUGAAUUUUGAAAAAUCAACUUUAUGUAUAGUAUUAUCCGGCAACUGUAGAAUUUCUCAUUGAUAAGGAACAAUGUGCUUAAAUUGAUUGGAAUGUGAAGAAACAGACAUGUUGUCAUUUUAAUAAAUUUACACAAGAGUUGUCCAGCCCAUGAAAUACCUUGAUUAUUAAAAAUGAAUCUGACAUUCUCAUGUGUCUUACCCAUUUGUGUAUCUGAAAUAUUUUGUUAAUGAUUACUUAAGAUUCAUUGUAGUGAAAAUAUGUAAAGCAGUUCUUUUUAAAUCUAUUUAAGAUGGGAAUAAUACAUAUUUUGUUGCUUUAAAAAACACGAAAGGUUUAAAUUUAUUAGGAAGUAAAUUAAAAAAAUUAGGGGGAAGGGGGAGCCUACACAGAAGGGAUCAAUUCUCCAGGUUCAAUUCUCCAUUCCUUACUGACGUGGGCAAGUCGCUUAGCCUUUCUGUUCCUCAGUUCCCCAUCUGUAAAAUAGUAAUAAUAGUACUUCCCUAUCUCACAGUGCUGGUGUCUGAAUAAGUAUAUUAAAGAUUGUGAGGCAUUCAGACACUGCAGUAAUGGGUGCCAUAUUAGAUCAAUUGAACGUACACACAAACCCCACAACCAGAAUGGUGCAGGGGAAGAUGUCUUCUGUGGUGGCACUAGGACCCAUAUGGCACAUCCUUAUACCUCAGUCAGGUACCUUUUUUGGAAAGAAACUGCAGGGAACAAACAGCCAAGGAAUGAAGCCAUCAAAGCAGCUGCAGAAAGCAGCUCAAGCAGGGACCAAAGGACACUGAUGAUGUCAUCAAGCUGCUUAUUGGAGUUUUCACUGUGAGCAUUCUCUGCCCUGUGCUAAUUGCUUCCUUUUUGUUCCCAUGUAGCUAAUCCUCUCCUAAUAUAACUCAAUGGAAAGGAGUUAAAAUAACAAAGCAAAAAUAAAAAUAAAAAAUCUGGAAUUAACGUGACCUCUGCAGCCAUCACAUUGCUUACCCUGCCUGUGUCUUGAAUCUCUUCCCUCCUACCUUUUUCCGUCUUGUCUGUUAAAUUGUAAAUGCUGCAGGACAGGGACUGGCUCUUACUUUUAUGUUCAGUACCAGCACAAGCACAAUAGAGCCCCAUUCUUGGUUGGCCUCUAGGUACUGCUAUACUAAAUAUGAUAAUUAAUGGUGUAUAGAAAGUAGAUUGGAAGCGUCUUUGUGUUAUGAGCCAUGGACAAUGGAACAAAGGGGCAUUCAA